AUGAUAGAAUCAGAUAAUAAUAAACUAAAUAACAAUAAAAAGAAAACGGUAGAUUUAAUAAUAAAGGAAUAUUCAAAUGACUACAAUCAAUUUGAAAAAUAUUUAAAACACCAGGAACCGCAGGGAAAAGAUUUAUAUCAAUAUAUGGUAUUAUCAAGAGCAACUUUUAAUGACAAUGAUAUAAUAGCAAAUCAAUUUUACAAUACCUUUAACACAUACUUAAAUAAUAGAAUAACGAUAGCAGAAACAGAUGAAGAGACAUUAGAUUUUAUAUUAGAAUUUUAUUCAAAAUCACUAAAUAAAAUAGAUAAAUUAUUUUCAAUCCUCUUUAAUACCAGUGACAUCAAUAAAUCACAACAAUAUACAGUAAACCAAUACUUUUAUAUAAUCGAUUCAAUAAUGAUAAUUCAAAAUAAACUUAUAACAACAGAGUCGGAAGUUAUCAGAAUGAAACCUUUGAUUUAUAAAUUCAUAGAUACAAUUUUACAAUAUUUUAAAAUUAAUUCAAUCUCAUUAAAUAUUGGGAACUAUAACAAGAUAUUGGAAGUGUAUUCAAAUUUUAAUGAUAAAGAAUCAAUUGUGAAAACUCUAGAUGACCUUUACCUAUCUUUUAUAAAACCAGAUAUGAACACAUAUAUGUUAGUAUUCCCAUUCCUAGACUCAAACCAAUCAAGCACCCUCAUGUCAAAAAUAAAAGGAAAUUCAAAUUUCAAAACUGGUAAAAAUACAUAUCAACUAUUAAAUGAACAAUUCGAAAAGCUAUUACAAGAAGAAAACAAUAAAUAA